AUUGCACGGUCGCUGCCAGAAAUCGGUCAGUAACGGUAAUGCGAUUCAAGUGCGAGCAACAUGCUCCUGUUAAUCAGUGUUGGUCUUGGCUUAACGCUAGCCUUCCUCAGCUUCGGCUUGCUUGUGGUGCUGCCAUUUCUGGCUAUCUUAAUGGUGCUGCUCUGCCUGGGCCUGCUGCUGCUGAGUCGCAAGUCUGUGCUCAUUUUCGACAAGUAUCCCAGCAAGGGCAUCUUUUAUAGGCUAAAGUAUCAGAUUGCAUUGCUCGUGCUGCGCAAGCUGCGCGAUCGCAUCUAUAAGCGUAACGAGGAGGAGCUAAGCUCCGCAUCGCAUCUGGCCACGCUUGAUCGGCCCCAGCCGCUAACGGACGACCCGAAGAGCUACGAUGUGGUCAGCCUUAUGGCUGCCAAUGCCGCCGGCGAGAAGCUGAUGAUCACGCUGGAGCGGCGCCGGCGUGGCGUACUGAAAGCUGCGCUCUACCUGUGGCUACCCAGCGGCAAGCUCUAUAUGCUGCCCAAGCUACCGGACAUGGUGCACUUCACCAGUGACGGCAGCGAGGAAAGCACCGAAUUUCGUGGCGCAGGCUUUCACAUCUAUCCGGAGCAGGCGAUGACUCUAUGGCGCGUCAAAUACGUUGGUCAGCUGCGUAGCGAAGCGGAGCAGGAGCUGGUGGAUGUGCAGCUGGAUAUGCAGUUCGUGAGCCAAACGGCUCACUUCAAUUACAAUCGUGAUCUCAGCUCUUCGCUCAUUGCGGACUCCGUGGCGCGUGAGGCCUGGAACGAGAGCUUCUAUGGCAUGCUCAAGUCCGUCGGCCACAUUGUGGAGAAGCGUACCCACUACGAGCAGUACGGCCAGUUGAAGGGCAGCAUUGUGUUGGGCCAGCAACAGCUGCAGCUGGAGCUGCGCAGCAUUCGGGAUCACAGUUUCGGCACCGAGCGCUGCCUCAGCUCGAUCAAUCGCUAUGUGUACUUCGCUCUGUUGCUCGAUGAUGGCAGCAGCAUGGUCGUUGGCAACCUAAGUCAGCCCUCUUUCUUCCUAUCCUCGCUCAAGGUGGGCUACGUGUGCACGCCCGAGGGCGUCUAUCAGGCGAUUACGGCAAGCAACUUUGAGCUCUACUCCUACGGCGAGAAGGGUGUGCCGCCACAGCAUCAAAACUUCAUUGUGGAGACCGCGGAGCGCUCGUAUCUGGUCCAAAUACGCGUGGAGCACAGUGCCGUGCGCUUUGUAGGCGGCGACUGGGAGUCCAAGGUCUACAAUCAGUUCGUCGCCUGCACCGUCAACGGCAUCGGCGGCCAGGGACAUGCUGAAUAUCUCUACAGGCACAAGAUGGGACGACCAGAUGCGGUGUCUGCCAAGGAUCCCGAAUGGUAUCAGCGCAUCAAGAGCUUUGAGCGCAGCCUGAGCACCCUGGAGCCAGUCAUCGAAGAAGAUUUUAUAUUUUAAGCAAAUUCCCAACUCUUCUAUACAUAGA